AUGGCGUCAGCAUCCCCUACCCUCUCUAAAAUGCUGCGGAAGAAGGAGACCUAUACUCACAUCACACCAAUCCCCUCGUGUGUACCCCGCCAACUGGCCUUGGACAUUCUCCAUAGCCAUGGCGAAAUCAUCACCCUCAACCCUCUCGUCCUUUCAUACCAUGCCAUUAGGGCCCCUCGAGAUGCUGCCGCAGAUGAAUACUACUUCACAUGGUACGAGAUCAUCGAACGCGUCCAGUACCUCCCGGGUCUAGGCAAGAUGGGAUCCGGCAAGGUCAGCUUCAAGGGCUGUUUCCACGAUACCGAAUGGGGUCUGGAAACGCAUACGUUCGUUCCUCUGGGAAUCGAUAUCAAAAGCAAAUGGCGCAUCGCAGGCAAUCAACCCGACGAACCUCCGAAAUUCCGUGAAUUCCGCCACGAUGCAGCCCCCAAGGAGGGGCUGUAUCUGCAAGAGGACAUUGAAAUCAACUGCAAUAUCACGUUGAUCUCGUUCGUCAAAAAUCAGAUGAAAGCUGCAUCGAAGGUCCUUGUUGAUCGUCUUAUCAAAAAGGCCGAGCUCCUCGAUGCGGGUGUCCUGCAGGCGAUUAUGGAGGACGGGAAACUCAAGACGAUUAAUCCUGCCGACCGAUCGAGUAUGUCGCGGACGGACUCGGUGGCUUCACGGAGGCUAUCCGAUCAGGUCUCCCUCAAUUCAUAUCAAAUGCCUCGAUCGCCGACUGGUUCUACGAGGCAGUCGUCUACGUACGGGGCCUCACAGUCAAAGUACCCCUUUGCACCGCCACAAUACGGCCAAGGCAAGAACUUUGCAGCAGAAUUACCGGCUGAUUUUCACCAUCCGCAGUCGCUGUCAGAUGCGUCAUCCUAUCGGGGUAAAUCAUAUACGGCCGAAUUGCCUGCAACGCUCGAGGGUCCGAAAAGGUAUCCCCAAUCAAAAAAUGUGAUUCAUGAGCUGCCCGAAUCGCAUCAUUGA